AUGUCGAAAUUGGUCAUAUCAACAUCGAUAUUUCAGUCUCAAGUAGCUGAUUUACUCCCAUGUAACAAUCAUCAAAAAUCACAGCUGACGUAUUCCCUAUUAAACGCGUACGAUCUUCUUCAGCGAUUUGACGAAGUGUUAGCAUUUCCUUACAUUGCUAAGGAUGACCUACUGGAGUUCCAUUCGAAGCCAUAUAUCAGUUAUUUGAUAAAUGGAAGAUUCAAUAAAACAUUGCCACAAGAUGCAAAUGAUCCCAUAGUAGAGUGUAAAUGGGGUGAGUUGAGUGAAUUGGCUGAUAGCUGGAACGAAAAGAAUGAUCACAAUCCCUCGCAAGAUCUUCAGAGGUUCUCUAGAAGAGAAGAUCUCUAUAAUUAUUAUCUGAGUUAUUCACAAGCGCUUGAGAAGAAUAACAACAGCAUUAGUGAGAGCGAGGCGUUCACCAAUGAUGAACCAACAGAUCCUUACGUCGUAGAUUCUGAAACAAAAGAGUAUAAUUUAGAGGGGGAUUGCCCAGUUUUUUCGUACCUUCCUAUGCACUGUCAAGUUAUUGCUGGGGCCACUUUAAACUUGUUGGACCAUUUAUCACCCUCACACCGUCUUAUCGGUAUAAAUUGGGAUGGUGGAAGGCACCAUGCUUUCAAACAGAGGGCAAGCGGAUUCUGUUACAUAAACGAUGUCGUAUUGUUAAUUCAGCGAUUGCGCAAAAUGAAGUUAAAUAAAAUCACUUAUGUUGACUUCGACUUACAUCAUGGUGAUGGUGUGGAAAAGGCUUUCCAAUACUCUAAACAAAUACAGACAAUUUCGGUACAUCUUUACGAGCCUGGAUUUUUUCCUGGAACCGGUUCUUUAGAUGAUUCACGAAAGGGUAAGAACGUGGUUAAUAUCCCCUUAAAGCAUGGUUGUGAUGACGAUUACCUGGACUUGAUUGCAUCCAAAAUCGUCAAUCCUCUGAUAGAAAGGCACGAUCCUGAAGCUUUGAUAAUUGAAUGUGGUGGUGAUGGGCUUCUAGGUGAUAGAUUCAAUGAAUGGCAGCUAACAAUAAGAGGGCUUUCUCGGACUAUCAUAAAUAUCAUGAAAAGACAUCCACGAGCGCACAUAUUCCUGCUUGGAGGAGGCGGAUACAACGACUUGUUGAUGAGUAGGUUUUAUACGUUCUUGACCUGGUGCGUUACGAAGCAAUUUUCCACCUUAAGAUGUCACGACAAUAAUUUGGCCCAAGACGAACCAUUUGAUGUUUGUGAUAGUGAUGAUUCUGAACAGCUUAUACGGGAACACGAGCUUGUUGAAAUGUAUAAUGAAGAGAACUAUCAGUAUUGGAUAUAUGAGAUGGAAGGAAGUUCACGGAUGAAAACGUUAAGAAAUGACAAUAAGGUUAAAGAUAUGGUUGAGCUUAUGAAAUUUUAUGGACUGUGA